AUGGCUACCCUGUUAGGGCACUGGCACCGUAUGUGGCUCAGUAGUGUUGAACCGAGAGCCCAAGCAAACUUCCUCUUGGCGAAAUGCGCAGGUUAUCCUCGUGCCUCACUCCCACAACGACCCUGGAUGGUUGAAGACCUACGAGAGCUACUACCACUACCAGACUCGGAACAUCCUGAACAACAUGGUGGACAAGUUGCAGCAUUUCCACAACAUGACCUUCAUGUGGACGGAGAUCGCGUUCUUUGCGCAGUGGUGGGAAAGUGGGUGAAGAACAACCUGGGCCUGGCGCCCAAGUCGGGCUGGUCCAUCGACCCGUUCGGCCACGGCGCCACCGUGCCCUACCUGCUGCGCGCCGCGGGCUUCGGCGGCGGCACCGUCAUCCAGCGCAUUCACUACGCGUGGAAGCAGUGGCUGGCCGAGAAGGAGAUGGGCGACGUGCUCUGGCGGCAGAACUGGGACUCGGAGGGCGUCACCGACAUGCUCGUCCACAACCAGCCCUUCGACAUCUACUCCAUCAAGCACUCGUGCGGGCCGCACCCUCAGGUCUGCCUCAACUUCGACUUCCGGAAGAUCCCCGGAGAGUACACGGAAUACUCCGUGCGGGCGGUGCCAAUCGACGAACACAACGUGAAGCAGAAGGCCGAGUUGCUUCUGGAGCAGUACGGACGAACAGGAUCGUUAUUUCCUCACAACGUCGUCCUCAUGCCGUUAGGUGACGACUUCCGUUACGACCAUGACAUCGAGUGGGAUCAGCAGUACAAGAACUACAAAAUGCUAUUCGACUACAUCAACCAAAACAAGGACAAAUACAACGCGGAGGUGUCGUUCGGUACACCGUCCGACUACUUCGCCGCCGUCAAAGAACGGACCAACAAUUUCCACACGCUGAAAGGCGACUUCUUCGUGUACAGCGACAUCUUCUCGGAAGGCCGUCCAGCGUACUGGAGCGGUUACUUCACCACCCGUCCCUACUGGAAGAUCCUGGACCGCGAGCUGGAGGCGAACCUGCGCUCGGCGGAGAUCCUGUACACGGUGGCGCUGAACCGCGCGCGGCAGAACGCCUUCAACAAGACGAUCCAGCUGCUGGAGCGCGACUUCGAGCGGCUGACGAAGGCCCGCCAGGCGCUGGCGCUGUUCCAGCACCACGACGCCAUCACGGGCACGUCCAAGGCGUUCGUGAUGCACGACUACGCGCUCAAGCUGUUCGAGGGCAUCCAGGACACGGUGUUCGUGCAGGGCCGCUGCGCGCAGACGCUGCUGCUGCGCGACCUGCGCGAGAUCAACAACAAGGCGACGGCGCUCGGCAAGCCCCCGCAGCCGCACUUCAACUUCCUGCUGCCCGACACGGACCGCGAGUCGUACGAGAAGCUGGCGCAGAAGGUGCCGCUGGUGGUGCCGCGCAACGAACCGCGCCGCAUCGUGCUCUUCAACUCGCUGGCGCAGCAGCGCCAGGACGUGGUGAAGGUGCGGGUGGCCACGGCCAACGUGCGGGUGCUGGACUCGGACGGCAACGAGAUUCCGUUCCAGAUCAACCCGGUGUGGAACAUGACGGGCUCGUUCGGGGCCGCCAAGAGCACCGAGGCGGGCGACGGCCCCGAGCCCGACGACUCGGCCAAGAGUGGCAGCACGGCGGCCGGCGCGGGCGGAGGCGGCGGCGGCGGGGGCGGCGCCGGCGGCAUGCAGAUGGCGCGCGACCUCUACGAGGUGAUGUUCGUGGCGGAUCUUCCGCCGCUGUCUCUCGUCACGUACGUGGUGGAACGGGUCUCCGAGCGCAACCUGGAAGCGCGCUCUGUGGUGUACUGCGCGUCGUGCGGUCGCAGCUCCAGCGACCCCAGCUACGUGUCGCCCUUCGAGAUCAAGGGCAUGCAGGCCGGGGACAUCCAGCUGGAGAACCAUCGCAUGAAGCUGCUGUUUGACGGGCGGUCCGGGUUCCUGAAGGCCGUUACCAGAAAGGCCACCGGGCGCACUACGCAGUGCGGGCUGCAGUUCGCUGCCUAUCCCUCGGCGCAGUUCCACAGCGGGGCGUAUCUCUUUAUGCCCGAUCCGAAUUCCAGAGAUCCGGAAAGGGAGAUUCUGGCCGACGAGUCGUCUGGGAGACGUAGUUUACAGAUUGUUAUCACGUCCGGUCCCAUCGCGUCCGAGUUAACUGUUGUGUACAGCUCUAUUCUGGCGCACUCGGUACGGAUCUACCACGCUGCAGGACCGCUAAGUGAAGGCAUUUACAUUGAGAACAUUAUCGACUUCGAGGCCCCGCCCAAGAAUCGUGAGACGGAGCUGUUCAUGCGUGUAGUCAGCGACAUCAGCAACGGGGACCCGCCGGAAUUUUAUUCCGACCUCAACGGAUUCCAGAUGCAGCGCCGCGUUAAAGUAGAACGCAUCGGUAUCGAAGGCAACUAUUUCCCAAUCACCACCAUGGCGUACAUCCAAGAUUCGACUCGGCGUCUGAGCCUGCUGGUGAACCACGCCCAGGGCGCCGCCAGCUGGCAGCCCGGCUGGCUGGAGGUGAUGCUGGACCGCCGCACGCUGUACGACGAUUCUCGCGGCAUGGGGGAGGGCAUCGUGGACAACAAACGCAUGCUCACCAAGUUCUGGCUGCUGCUGGAGGAGAUCACCGAAGGCGACCCCAAGGACAAGUACUCGCGGCCCAGCCUGUUCGCGCACCACCUGUCCAACGGGCUGCUCUACCCGGCCAACCUGUUCGUGGUGGAGGGCAUCACGGACCCCGGGGGCAGCAGCGGGCAGUCGGCGGCGGCGGCGGCUGCGGCGACCGGCAGCGGGGGCAGCGCGGGCGCGGCGGCGGCAGCCAAGGGCUCGGACGGGCGCGACCUGGACCUGCACAAGAAGGUGCAGCUGCUGACGCGCCCCUUCCCGUGCGACGUGCACCUGCUCAACCUGCGCACGCUGUCCGACUCGACGUACAUGCAGUUCCCGUCGUGGUCGGCGCUGCUGGUGCUGCACCGGCAGGGCUUCGCGUGCAGCGCCGGCGCCGGCGUCGUGGUCCCGCAGUGCUCGCUCAAGGGCACCGCCCCCGGCGGCGGCGACGGGCCGUCGCUCGCCUUCCACCCAAGGACUAUGUUCCGCGACGUGAAGCUGCACGCGCUCACCCACACCUCCCUCACGGGCCUGCACGCCAAGGCCAAGCUCAAGGCGCUGGACCAGCUGCAGCUGCGGCCCAUGGAGCUGGCCACCCUCAACGUCACGUUCGUGCUGUGAUAUCGAACCCGGGUCCUCGUCCGGGGGCGCCCCAGACCCGGCGCACCGCGUUCCCUCUCACGGACUGUGAACAAUAAAAAACUCCAAGUGCUUUGAUAAACGAACUUCCAAUGUUUGGGGAAACGGUGCGCCCGCUGUUCGCUGUUCAAUGAACCACGUGAUCUAAGCAUAAACAUUUAUUUAAUGUAAAGUCAAUAUUUUUUACAAAUGAAAAAAUGAAAGAAACUUAGGGGAAGAGAUUGUGAAAUCUGAAAUACAGUGGUGAUAUUUUCCAAAACAUGACUAAUGAGAAUUUUUAGGGAAAUAAAUCUUUUCAGAUUUAAUGUUAAUUUUUGUUCAUGUGAGUGAGUGUGAAUGUCCAUAUCAGACUAUGAUAUCACAUGCAGGGAGAGCGAUAUUGGUAGUUUGAAAUACUGUAAUUAAGGAAAAUGUUAUAUAAAAUAAUAGGGUUGUAAAUAAUUAUUAAGUUAUGUACCUAAAGGGAAGGGAAAUAUAUGACUUCUGAUUAAGUUAAAA